AUGGAGCAAGAACAAUCUAUUGUUGAAAAGUUUGAGAAAUUUAUAUGGAAGAUUGAGAACUUCUCUCGCUUGAAAACUGAUGAGGUUUACUCUGAGACUUUUGUCAUAGGCGGCUAUCCAUGGAAAAUUCGUCUACAUCCAAAGGGGGACGAAGAUGACGAAUACUUACAAAUAUACGUGGAGGCUGUAAAAACUGCUAAUAUGUCUGAGGGAUGGAGCAGAGUUGUCAAAUUUAAGUUGCUUGUUUUCAAUCAGCUCAAUACCAACAUGACAAUCUCUGAAGAUUUUGGUGACUGUGUGUUCGAUGCAAGUGAGACUUCUUGGGGUUUCUAUGAUUUCAUGGAGUUAGACGACCUUAAUGAUCCUCAGAUGGGGUUUAUUGUGGAGGAUGCUUGUAUCGUCGGAGCAGAAAUUUUUGUUUCUACUUCAAGCCGCGAGAAGCUAGUAAAUCAAGCAGAUAGCUUAACUGUUUCAGCAGUUUCUAUUGAACCUACAAAACAAGAUGAUGCAGAGUCGGGGUAUGCUGCAUUGGGGAGAGUUAUUCAUUUCUUUAAGACAAGAAAAGUGAAAGACAUGAAUGAACAAGUUUGUAAGGAACUUCAAGUUUUAUGGGAUGAACUUAAGAAAUUUCAAUUUGAUGUCACUUGGCUAGAGCUGCAUGUUCAAUCUGCUUUGGGAAUGAAAAGUUAUGUGGAGAAAGUUCUUGAGGCUGAAAAGUUGAAGCAGAAUAUGACAGUUCUAGAGCUUGAAAUGGAGAGGCUAAAGGAGAAAUUAGUUGCAGCGGAGCUAAAUAUUGACGUAGAAAGAGACUCGUUGAAUGCAAAAGGCUUUAAAGAGAUAGGUUUAGAUUCUGAAUUGGGAUGUGUGAUUUGGAGACCACAGAUAUAG